AUCAAUACAUUUUCAAGCAUCUGUGGAUGCUCUUAUAUUAGAAUACAUUGUAUGGAAUGGAUAAUGGUGAUGUACGGAUCUGGCGAUGGAGCUGCCUGUUUGGGCUGGGAGUCCCACGACGCUAACCGUUUAACUCUCUCUACACCAACGACAUCACCAUCUGCCACUCUUCACAGCCCUAGUGCGCAACCUGUAAUCGGUAACCUGUACAUCAUCCAUGUCUGGGGGUCUUGGUGCUUUCCUGAUUCGCUUAUUGUGUUGAUACUAUUACAAUCCCUAACUGGUCUUCGGACAAAAACAAAUACUCCAAAAAAAGCAUCUUUGAAAAAACUCCCUCGCCGUAUUCGUUGACUGUUAUUUGUUCACUACCAGUUGUUCACUUACCUUUUCUUCACUUACUUCUUUGUCCAUUAUUCACUUACCUAACUUUCGUCGUUCAUUAAGGAUUCACCACGUUGUUUAAUCAGUCAGUUAUAUACCAAGAAACAA